ACGUAAUGCGUUCUGUGCGUCAGGGCUGCCCCCUCAGUCCACUUUUGUUUUGUAUUUACAUCGAAGCGAUGUGCUUAGCGAUAAAUGAAAAUGAAAAAAUUCGUGGCUUCAGCUUGGCGGCAGUGGAAGUUAAGCUGCUGGCAUAUGCAGACGACAUUGCGGUGUGUUGUACGAACAAAGAAAGUGUAGAGGAAACGAUAAGUGUUGUGAAACAUUUUUGUAGCGUCACAGGAAGCCGCGUAAACUGGGCGAAAUCUCUUGGGCUUUGGCACGGAAGGUGGCCUUCAAAGCCGGACCUUUUUGCGAAUGUGCACUGGACGGAAACACCGACAAGGUACCUCGGUGUUCCCCUGGAAUGUUAUAACGGCAGCGAGGAGUAUUGGUCGCGUCAAACAAAAGAGACGAAGGAAAAAGCAGACAGGUGGAAAGGCAUGAACCUGUCUGUUUUCGCUAGGGCUACUGUGUGCAACAUGUUUUUUAUCGCUAAACUGUGGUAUGUGAUGCAGGUGUUACAUUGUUCAAGGAUCAACGUGCAAAGGCUGCACAGAGUGUUCGCAGUUUUUAUAUGGGGCUCGAAAUGGGAAAGGUGCAGACGGACCAACUUGUUCAGGCGCGUGAAGGACGGAGGUCUUGGUUUGGCGCACCUAUUUGUGAGACAAGUAGUAAAUAGAUUUUUGUUUUUCCGUGACGUCAGGGAUCCGUUUUUACGUACGGUAUGCCAGCUCAGGUUAGGCAGUGCCUUACCAGAUUUUGUUGUUACUACGGAUAGCCGGCCCGUGACGUUGCGUGGGUAUCUCAAGGAAGUGGUAGACAGUGUACGUUUUUUAUCUGUACGCUUUUCGAUAGAUUAUCUAGCAAGUGUUAGAAGAAAAGAAUUGUACAGAGAUGUAUGUGCUAUGGUUUUGCCAGUACCAUUGUACAGGGCCAUAUACAGUGGAAGACCGGGACAAAACGUACUGAAGCGGGUGAGAAACAUGCAGGUACCUACAGGGGUGAAAACUUUUUUCUUCAAGUUACACACAGGAACACUAUCAGUAAAGACUUUCACAGAGGAACGGGGUUUUUUUACACUAUGGGGGUCACACUGCUUGAUAUGUAAGAAACCAGAAACAAUAGACCAUGUUUUUUUGCAUUGUUGGGAAGGGGUACAUUUUUGGGACAUAUUACAGAGGACAAUAAAGAAGGAUUUUCCACUAGACCCACACGGAAUAAGGUACCUCGCAGUAACAAAUGAUGAUGGGGUCCCAUUCGAUGUAGUGAUGUUGACCGGUCUCCACUGUAUAUGGCGUGCACGAAUGGCCGGAUACCAUUUCGACCCGGACGCAAAACCAGCAGUAAUUUAUUUCAGGCAAAGCAUGUCUGCAUUCAUUGAGUGUAGCAAAAUAGAGGAUAUCGAGCCAGAAUGGUUGUCAAGGGUUGAACCCCUGGCAAACCUUAAGUAUUUUUAAGAGGACAACAUCAGUACAAAUGGGACUGAUGGCAAUGCUUGUUUUUUUUUAUUUUUCUUUUUCUUUGUAUUGUAAUAUAUGUGUGUGCAAUGAUUGCCCUGUACAAUGUCCAUGCCAGGCAAUAAAUAAAAAAAAAAAAAAAG